CAUCCAACAUUGCAGCGACCUGUAAAUUUAAUCACCCAUGCGACACCCAACACUUCAUUCGUUCCUCCUGGAUGUCGACAGAACCUGAACAGGCAUGCUAGAAACAAGGAGGGGGUCGAGCGUGAUACUGCGCUCACUCGGAAAGCGAAGAGCAAGGCAAACGCAGUGGUGGAAUCCUCCUUCGCGAGACGACUAACACGACACAACCUCGAACACCAUGGCUCAGUCGCAAAUGCCGCCUACGCGGCCACCUCUCCCUCAGACUCAGACUCAGUUUCCACGCGACUUCGCAGCAGCAAAUGGCAGACCUAGUCCUCUCGGGCCUCAGUCCCCGCAGAUGGGCAUGAGUUACUCUUCACCUUCACCUCAGCAAUUCUCCCCCCAAGCGUACAAUCAGCCGCCAGCGGCAAAGCGGCCUCGACUGUCCCCCGACGCGCAGUCUCCCUUCUCUCCGCAAAGUUAUCCUCCUACGCCUUCCGCACAGCCGACGACUCCAGGUGGGAAUGUUCAGAUGAAUGGGACUACUCCUUCAAAUCCGCGACAAGGGCUGAUGCCUCCUCCACAAAGACCGAGCGAUAAGGCAGAAGAUCGGAACUAUGAAGACAUUUUGUCGGGUACGGGUAUUAACAUCGAAGAGGAGGCUAGAAUGCUGGUAAGGACGGACUAUUACGGAACGUCCACACCACGACCGCCAUCUCAGUCACAAGGCCCAGGAUUCCAGUAUCACAUCAACGGCUUCAAUGGAACGGAUUCCGGCGCCGGGGGAGUCGGAACGCAACAAAUACAGAACGGAGGGCAGAACCAGACCCAGGCAUAUCAGGCUUCUGCAGAGGAGAUCAAACAGAGAGAAGAGGCACGCGCGGACUGGGAGGCUUCACGACAUAGUCAACAUCCGCUUUGGGACAUGUUUUUGCUGGGCGGCACGUUGAAUGACAAGAUAAGGAGCAUCAGCAUCACCGAACAUCUGGUCGAUCCCCAAUCUGGCGUCUUGGUGAAUACGCAAAAACAUGCACCUCCACCAACCGUACGAGUAAAUGGCCUCGAGGGCGCUUCUCGUAUCAUCGACAAAGGCCAAGCCAUUCUGGAUACAGGAGCCAAGGGUGAACGUCUGUCCGAUAUCAUGAAAGUCAUAAGCUUGGCUACAAAAGCGAGAAUGACUGGCCUCGUCAACGCAUCCGCCCGAUUGGCGCAGGAAAGACGGCAGCAUUCCAAGGGCAAGGUUCCUGAUGAAUGGCAAGACAUAGCAGCUACGGUCAAGCCGGCGACUGACGGGCCUGAAGGCGUGUCAAGUCCGGCCGGCAGUGCCAGUUUGAAGCGCACACAUUCACAGGCUAACAGCGAGCCAUCAUUUUUCGGCGAUCAGGUGCCUUCUCCUGCACUCAUGGUGGAGACUCUGGACAAGAUAUCUCUUGCAGAACGGAGUGGUGAAGAAGCUCGACGGCAAAAACGAGCAAAGCGGCGAGCAGCAUCAAAUGUAGAUGGAGCCAUUGGCACACCCGCUGUGGAUGCUGCAGCAGAGGCCGCCGCUGCCGCCGCUAUGGAGUCAGACAAGAAGACCACGAAGAAAGAAAGGAAAUUAGCCGACUCGAAAUUCUCCGAACAACAGCAGCACAAGUCGGCCAACGAAGCAGCACGUAUGGCAUUUUCUGGUCUUCUUGGAAAUCGCUUCGGAAGCAAGAAGCAGAGAACCUACGACUGGAUGAAGGGUGGUGGAGGAAGCCCUGCGGUGACGCCGGGUAAGCCUGCGGCAUCUACCACUACUUCUGUAGCCGGCACCCCUGGUCCUGAUCGCGCACGAGCAGUUCCAAAAGAGAAGCAUUUUGGUCAGUGGGACGAGGAUCAGGAUGCCAAGAUCCAAGCACGAGAUGUUUUCCUUGUUCUGGAAGGGGACGGGCGAGCCUCGAGAUCUUAUGUGCGAGGGCAAAGUUUACCGGAGCAAUGAUUCUUCAUGUGCAUUACCAAAUUUUUACUGCAAUGGUAGUGAUAUAGCAAGGACGUGGGGCUGGUCAGGUCAAGGCCGGUGAGGACACAGCCACUGUAAGAUAACAAGCCAACAAAAAAGAUGCAAGAUUUCAGAUUACUGGGACAGCGGCCUUGCCGUGGGAGGCAUUCUGAACGGGGCGAGAGGCAGGGGAUAUGAUUGAUAUCUCAAAGAAUCGUUUUCGAUACAGUUCCAGGCUGACACGGUCGAGUAGACUUGAUAAACAAAUUCAUUGCAUUGAACAUUG